CCAAGGCCCGUUCUACCAGUCACCAAAUAACACAAGCCCAUUCCAUUCACUACCAUCCCAAAUCUCUCUCUCUUUCUCUCUCCUCUGACACCACCACCACCACGAAACACCCAACAUCUCAAGAUCAGAUCACAGAAACACAAAAACACAAAAACCCACAAAAUCAAUCAAUCAAUUAAUCAUCUCACUAACCCACAAAUCAAAAAAAAAACCCUAAAAAAUAAUCUACAGAUAGUAAUGGUUUAUCCGGUAACAAGUUCUUGGGCGAGAGCUCUAGUUCAGAUCUCUCCUUACACUUUUUCCGCCAUUGGUAUCGCGCUAUCAAUUGGGGUUUCUGUUCUUGGUGCUGCUUGGGGUAUAUACAUUACUGGGAGUAGUUUGAUUGGUGCUGCCAUUAAAGCUCCUAGAAUCACCUCCAAGAAUCUUAUCAGUGUAAUCUUUUGUGAAGCUGUUGCUAUAUAUGGAGUAAUUGUGGCUAUCAUUCUGCAGACAAAGUUAGAGAGUGUCCCGUCAUCUUUGAUCUAUGAACCUGAGGCACUUAGAGCAGGUUAUGCUAUCUUUGCAUCCGGAAUCAUUGUGGGCUUUGCCAACCUUGUCUGUGGGUUAUGUGUGGGUAUAAUUGGAAGCAGUUGUGCUUUAUCAGAUGCUCAAAACUCAACAUUGUUUGUGAAGAUUCUAGUGAUUGAGAUUUUCGGCAGUGCUCUUGGGCUGUUCGGAGUCAUUGUUGGCAUCAUCAUGUCUGCCCAAGCAACAUGGCCAAAGGCUGCAUGAUUUGCACCAUCUAUCAGAAAGAAACUCAUGUGUAAACUAGUGAAACUCAUUCGACAUUUCCGUGUUCCGUCACUGAAAUGAAGGUCUUGUUGUGAGAUUACUUUUAUUGCCUUGUAAAUUUAGAACAUCUUGUCUAGCUCCGAUAUGAGGGAAAAUGAAUUGGAGAUCAUAAUAGCAGAUUGAUUUGUGGGUACUUUGAGGUAGAUUUAAUGUUAUUGAAUUUUUGAAUAACGAGGCAAGAGCUCGUUGCUCUGUGUCCUAAAACUCAACUGGAAGUUGAUUAUUGCUUCAUUAUCUGGUGAAUUAUUACUAUUAUUAUUUUUGUACACAGAAUAAAGUUCUGUUUAUGGAGUU